CCAUGCCGCUGCUGUAACUUGAGAUAGUAACCGCGACAUGUUGAACGAGGUUUGAGGAAUAUAAUGGCUGAUGAGGAGUUGCCAUUCGGUUGGGAGAAACGCCUUAGCAGGUCCACAGGUCAGCAUUAUUAUUUGAACCUUCAUACCAAAGAAAGUCAGUGGGACAAGCCGACUAAACCUGCAGACCCAUUAAGCAAUAAUAAAUCUGAUGAAAUGGAGGAAGUAAGAUGUUCCCACAUUUUAGUAAAACACGCCCAAUCUAGACGCCCUUCUUCGUGGAGAGAAGACAAAAUUACGAGAUCGAAAGAAGAAGCCCUAGAUUUAAUAAAUACCUAUCGUCAACACAUUGUAUCAGGGAAAGCAACAUUUGCGCAGCUUGCCUCAGAGUUCAGCGAUUGCAGUUCUGCCAAACGAGAGGGAGACUUAGGACCAUUUAAACGGGGAACGAUGCAGCGACCAUUCGAACAGGCAGCUUUUGCCCUGAAAGUGGGCGAAAUGUCUUCUCCAGUUCAUACGGAUAGCGGAAUUCACAUAAUUAUGCGCACUGCCUGAAUGGAUAGGGCCGGGAUUAAAUACACCGGCUAUUUCUAAGUAUAAAGAAUUCUUUUAUCUAAAUUAAUGUCAUUCCAUCAAUUGCUCUUUUGAUGUACCAUAAUCAUGGAACGUUAAAUAACCUUCCGUGGCUAUGCCUAUUUGAAACGUAUAGGCUUACCACGGGUAACUCCUAUUAUUUAUAAAUGAAGCAAACGAGAUAGGUAUUUCUAUUGUAAAGAAUGUGAGCUUGAACUUCUUUACCGUUGUAAUAUUUCUUUAAGUACUAUAUCAUAGAUAUUGCAUUUAUUAUAAUUAAUGUUCUUUGAUUAAGUAUGUCUCGAGACUUUUUUCUAUUGCACAUGCCGAAUAACUCGAUGUUACGCGUGCGUCAUUCUUUUGCACAUAUUCUAUUUUUCGGUUCUUUGCUGGCACGUUUACGAAACAAAAUUUUGUAAACGUGUCAGGCACGAUUAAAAGCUAUGACUUUCCAUUCACUUUCUUACCGAAAUAGUUUUCUGAAUUUUACUUUCAUCGGUAUCAGAAGUGCAUGAAUAAUUAUUUCUUAAAUGUCAAAUUAAUAAUCCAGUAUAUCUGUACUUAAUAUUUACUCUGCGACGUGGUUUUCGCCCCUAUAUUAGGCGCUCAAUUUAUUUCUACCCAAACAAUAAAUCCGUUGGGCGCCAGCCGCACGACAGUGGCCCUAAA